GGCAGCCCAGAUCCCGGGCUCCCAAAAGGAGGUCUCUGCUCCUUCUGCAGUCCUCGCUCUGGGGAGCAACCCGGGCGUUCCAGCAGGAGUUUUCUUUGAGACUUGGGUUUCUUACCCCUUAUCCUUCUUUCCUUACCCCAGAAGAAAAGGAGAGGGAUUUUCUCCUCCCUCGCAGCGGGGUUGGCUAAUUUUCCUGGAAGACAAACCACUGACCCAGAUGCAACGCUGUCAGAGUCGCAAAGGGGAUACAAGAAAAAACCAAACACCGCACACGACGGCAACAACAAAAAAAGCAGCGCUCCUCUCGGCUAUCACCGCUUCAUCACCUGCACAUGCCUGGAAGGAGGCUCUUUCCUCCGCUAAGGGAAAAAAAUCAGCUUAGGAAAGCAAAGUUUGAACAGCGAAUUCCUGUUAUUUCAAAACGCCCCAUGUGACAGGAUAUUUCCUUAUCAUUUGGAGCGCAGGGUUUUCCCCUGAUCCAGCGGCCCUUCAGAGCGCGGCGGAGCUGCCCGGCGGGACGCCACGGGCGGAGCCGCGGCCAUGGCUCGCUCCCUGCUCCUGCUUCUCCUCGGACUCCUGCCCCGGGCCCUUCCGCUGCUGGAUACUAGCAUCUUCUUAAUAUAUAAUGAAGAUCACAAGCGCUGUGUACUGGCUCAAAGUUCUAAUUCAGUGACUACUGCUCCUUGUGUUCAAGAAAAUGAGUCACAAAAAUUCAGGUGGGUCUCAGGUCACCAGCUUAUGAGCAUAGCAUUCAAAUUGUGCUUGGGAGUGCCUUCGAAGAAAGACUGGGUUCCGAUCACUCUGUAUCCUUGUGACAAGGCUAGCGAACUUCAGCGAUGGGAAUGCAGAAAUGAGACUCUCUUUGCAAUCCAAGGGGAAGAUUUGUUUUUCAACUAUGGAAACAAACAGGAAAGGAAUAUUAUGCUGUACAAGGGAUCUGGUUCAUGGAGUAGGUGGAAAGUCUACGGAACCACAGACGAUCUGUGUUCCCGAGGCUAUGAAGAUACUUACACAGUGAAAGGAAAUGACAAUGGAGCCCCUUGUGUAUUUCCUUUUAAGUUUGGUGGUAAAUGGUAUGCUGACUGCACAGAUUCUGGCAGAUCAGAUGGCUGGUUCUGGUGUGGAACCACCUCGGACUAUGAUGUUGACAAGAAGUAUGGAUUUUGCCCAACGAAAUUUUCUAGUAGUGAUUUCUGGAGCACAGACCCUUUAACAAAUGUCCAGUACCAGAUAAACUCUGAGGCAGCUCUGAAAUGGCAUCAGGCAAGAAAAAGCUGUCAGCAGCAGAAGGCAGAGUUGUUAAGCAUCACAGAGUUACAUGAACAAACAUAUCUGACAGGUCUGACUCGCACACUGAGCUCAGCUCUCUGGUUUGGUCUUAACAGUUUGAAUUUCAACAGUGGAUGGCAGUGGGUUGGUGGUGCUCCUUUUCGGUACUUAAACUGGGUUCCAGGCCAUCCUUCUCCAGAACCUGGAAAAAUCUGUGGUGCAUUGAAUCCUGGCAAAGGUGCUAAGUGGGAGAGCUGGGAAUGUGAUAAGAAACUAGGCUAUAUCUGUAAACGAGGAAAUGCUACUUUAGAAUCUUUCAUUAUUCCUAGAGAGACUAAUGUGCCUAUUAGGUGUCCUGAUCAAUGGAUGUCAUAUGCUGGUAACUGUUACAUAAUUCACAGGGACCCCAAAAUAUGGAAAGAUGCCUUAACAUCUUGCAGGAAAGAGGAUGGAGAUCUGGCGAGCAUCCACAAUGUCGAAGAAUACAGCUUUGUUAUUUCUCUGCUUGGGUACAAACCAUCUGAUGAGCUGUGGAUUGGGUUGAAUGACCUCAAGGUUCAGAUGUAUUUUGAAUGGAGUGAUGGAACACCUGUCACCUACACAAAGUGGCUUCGUGGAGAACCCACUCAUGCAAACAACAGACAAGAGGACUGUGUCGUUAUGAAGGGAAAGGAUGGAUUUUGGGCAGACCAUUCUUGUGAAAAGAAAAUUGGCUACAUCUGUAAAAGGAAACCUAUGUCAGAUGCUCCCACAGAAGAGGAAACUAUUGACAUGGGCUGCCAGAGAGGCUGGAAAAGACAUGGUUUUUAUUGUUACCUCAUUGGAAAUACAUUUGUAACAUUUUCUCAAGCAAAUCAAACCUGUGGAAGGCAUCAGGCUUUUUUAGCAACUGUUGAAGACAGAUACGAACAAGCCUAUCUAACCAGCCUGGUUGGGCUGAGAACAGAAAGAUACUUUUGGAUUGGACUUUCAAAUGUAGAAGAAAAGGGAAUGUUCAAGUGGGCUAAUGGUGAAUCUGUCUUAUUUACACACUGGAAUUCUGAAAUGCCUGGAAGAAAGCCAGGUUGUGUUGCCAUGAAGACUGGAAUAGCAGGUGGAUUAUGGGAUGUAGUAAAAUGUGAAGAAAAGGCAAAUUUCAUAUGCAAAAUGUGGGCAGAAGGAGUGACACUUCCACCUGUUCCCACAACAACUCCUAUUCCCCAGUGUCCAGAAGGUUGGGAAUCAAGCAAUCAUAUUAGCUUCUGUUUCAAACCUUUUUCAAGAGCAGAGCACAAGAAGACAUGGCUGGAGUCGCAGGAGUUUUGCCGAUCCAUAGGAGGAGAUCUGGCCUCCAUUAACGGCAAAGAGGAGCAGAACGCGAUAUGGCGUUCCAUCGCAAACAAUGGCUAUUACCACCAGACUUUCUGGAUGGGUUUAUAUUACUUGAAUCCUGAUGAUGGCUUUGCUUGGAGUGAUGGAUCUCCAGUGAGGUAUGAAAACUGGGGCUUUGGAGAGCCAAAUAAUUAUCAAGGAGCUGAACUUUGUACAGAGAUCAGUGGUGAUUACAGCAUGCUUUGGAAUGACAGGCACUGUGAUUAUAUGUAUGGAUGGAUUUGCCAAAUAAGAAGAGGGGCAAGUGUGAAGCCUGAACCAACAGAAUCUCCUGCACCCGAAUACAAGACUACUGAGGAUGGAUGGAUCAUACAUGAAGAUAAACAGUACUAUUUCAGCACAGAGACUGCUCCUAUGGAAGAGGGUCGUGAGUUCUGCAAAAAGAACUUUGGAGACCUUUCUGUCAUUGAGAGUGAAAGUGAAAGGAAGUUCCUCUGGAGAUAUAUACUGAAAAAUGGCAAAGAGGAUGCAUAUUUCAUUGGUUUACAACUGAGUAUUGACCAACGUACCAGCUGGAUGGAUGGCACUCCAGUGAAUUAUUUGGCAUGGGCACCACAUGAACCAAACUUUGCAAAUAAUGAUGAAAACUGUGUAGUUAUGUAUAAGAAUUUAGGAUUUUGGAAUGAUAUAAACUGUGGCUAUCCAAAUCCCUUCAUAUGUGAAAGACACAACAGUUCCAUUAAUUCAACUGUUCCUCCAACAACACUUACAACUCCAAGAGGAUGUCGUCCAGCUUGGCUUUCUUUUCGUAAUAAGUGUUACAAAAUAUUUGGAUCUACAGAAGAGGAACGUGUUACUUGGCAUGCUGCACGAACAGCUUGCAUGAAUUUAGGAGGAAACCUGGCCUCGAUCCCUAAUGAACAAGUGCAAGCUUUCCUUACCUUCCAUUUAAAAGAUUUUGUCACUGAGACAUGGAUUGGAUUAAAUGAUAUAAAUCAUGAAAUGAGGUUCCUCUGGACAGAUGGAACAGGGGUUUACUUUACAAACUGGGCUAAAGGCUUCCCAUCAGGACAUAUGGAUUUAUAUGCAUAUAGCGGCCAGGCUGAUUGUGUUGCCAUGAAAAACAAACCUGUUAAGGAAGCAGGGAAGUGGGCUGAUCAGAGUUGUGAUAACAGCAGAGGAUAUAUAUGCCAAAUUAAUGCAGAUGCUGAAUUUCUGCCUUCAACAACUUCAUCCCCAUCCAACAUUAUCCAUUAUGGGAAUAGUAGUUACUUGUUCAUCCAUACCAAAAUGACAUGGGAGGAUGCACGAAAAAGCUGCAAACAAAAUCAGUUUGACCUUUCCAGUAUCUUAGACCCCUACAGUCACUCAUUCCUGUGGCUGAAGAUAUUAAAGUAUGGAGUACCUGUGUGGAUUGGUCUUAACAGUAAUGUGACCAAUGGGCAUUAUGAAUGGAUUGAUAACUGGAAAAUGAAGUACAUGAAAUGGGCUAAAGGGGAGCCAAAGCAAAAAAUAGGCUGUGUCUAUCUUGACAUUACUGGAGUCUGGAGGACAGGAUUCUGCAAUGAAAGUUACUUCUCUGUUUGCAAAAAGUCUGAUGUUCAAGCUCCCACUGAUCCCCCUCAGCUUCCAGGAAAGUGUCCUGAAUCAGAAGGACAUAGGUCUUGGAUCCCUUUCCGAGGACAUUGCUACUACAUUGAAUCUUCAUCUUCAAGAAACUGGGCCCAGGCAUCUUUAGAAUGUCUUCGACUAGGUGCCACUCUGGUCUCAAUUGAAGACCCAGCUGAAGCCAACUUUUUGACCUACAACCUUGAACCACUUGAAGGGAAAACAUCAACAUUUUGGACAGGAAUGUACAGAAAUGUGGAUGGACAAUGGUUGUGGCUAGACAACACUGCAGUGAAUUUUGUCAACUGGAAUGUAGGAGAACCUUCUUCUCAACAAAAUGAGCACUGUGUUGAAAUGUAUGCAGACUCUGGGUAUUGGAAUAAUUUCUAUUGCUCUUCCUACAAAGGAUAUAUUUGUAAAAAGCCAAAAAUUCCAGCAACUGAAAUGCCACCAGCAUCUGAAAUGCCACCAGCUGGAAUACCUACAAUGGCAAUGAAAAAAGAUGAGAAGGCUUCUACCCUAAACCACAGCAAAACGGGAGUUAUAGUUGUUGUUGGUGUCAUCAUCCUAGUUGGAAGUGGUCUUGCAGGAUAUCUGUUCUACAAAAGAAGAAAGAAUUGCUUGCCAACAAAUGACAGCUUUGAGAAUAAUUUGUAUUUUAAUGGUGAUGCAGUUCCUGGAAUUAGUGACACAAAGGAUCUUGUGACCAACAUAGAGCAGAAUGAACAUGCAACACUGUAAUGUAACAAAAGAAAAUGUAAUGUAAUAUGUAAUAUAAAAUGUAAUGUAAUAAAAUAAAAUGUGCCUUGUUUUAUUAAAAUUAUGCAAUUAGAAUGAAGCCAAAGGUAUUUUCCUAUGUGCAAUUACUGUAACAGCCUGUUUCUGUGUGUGUGUGUGUAAUGUCAUACACUGCAGUUACUUUCUUUUGUAGUCAUUACAUAAGGUGAAAGAUUUCAGAUCUCAGGAUUUGAUGAUCACACGGGUGAAUGUGGGUCUUAAGAAAAGUGAUAGUGUUGACUAAUUGUUAAAUGGAACAAUAGAAAUGGAUAAAAUAAAGAAAGUAAAAUAUAGGUAGAUCAACUUGAGGAAGGCACAUGAGAUUUGACAUUUCUGCAUCAGAUUUAUUUCAAACCAUGCUAUUGAACAGAUACUCAAAGCUAUUCAGUAAACAUCUUCUAAUUCUACCAUUGUUCAAGUAUUCCCAUGAGCUAAAAUACAGGCAUAGUCACUACAGGAUAAGUCUGUAUUUGGCUACAACUUCAUAAAACACAGAAAACCAAGAAUGUAGUAUUUGUAGUUUAUGUAUUCUAGGAUUUAAUCAGGUAAAAUCUGGAGGCAGAUCUCUGGAGUGGAAAAGUGUGGUUGAUAUUAGCUGCCAGUUUUGGCUGGCCACAAGUGGGUUUGUUGGUGAGAGGUGAUGAGGAUCAUGGCAAGACUUCCUUCUUACCAGGCAACAGUUACUGAGGGGAGGGAGGAAGAUUGCCUGUGCAGGUUCUGAGGGUUUCUAGGAGCAGAAGGUUUCUGCACAGCUUUUGUGGUGAUCACAUAUUGGUACUGCUCUCUACAGCUCCGCAGUAAGUAGAAUAGUUUUGUGGGAUGUGUGCUGCAAGUAAAGAACAAUUUAACUUUACCAAUGUAAUAGUUGCUACUGAUUUUAUUUACUUUCUAAAAUAGUUAAAUCAACUACUAUUUAUGGACAUCUUAUAUUCCCCAAGGAGUUUAUAUUCCUAGUUUUUUAGAUCCUGUAAAAUGUAAAUCAUGCAUGAUUCCUCACUUGCAUACAAAAGUUUGCAAGGAUUGAUUUUGUGGUUUCAGAUUUUACUCUGUGAAAUAAAAAAUAACUAUCUUGGAUUUUUAAAAUAGGUUUGCAUUUUAUAGUCUCAUCUAUAUAAGACACUGUAACAUGAUAAAGUGAAAGAGGAGUUGAUACCACUGGGGAGACUUUCCAGAAAAAGUUGCAAUCAAGAUUUGUAUUAACCAUGUCUUCUUGAAUCUGUCCCAGGAUUAUCUGCUUAAAGGCAAAACAAAAGUGUGAGAUGAGGGAUGUAGUAAAAAUUUUAAAUUACAUUCACAUGUAGAUAAAAUGGGAAAAUUUGUCCUGGGACUGCUUUUCUCUGGCUCUGCUCUCUUUCUCCCAGCUAUUUCCUUGUUCUGUUCCUACUGCUGUUUCCAUUUUUAAUGCACUGUUGUUUAAGCAUGUUUUUUCAAGGAUCAGUAUCUCUAAUGGAUUUUUAUGCCAUCUGAUGCAGCUUGUGACAGAAAGCUCUGACUGACUGAGUAAUGAUACUAAGGGUCAUGUUGUUUCAGUUAUAUGGAGGAGUGGUGCCAGGUAUAAAUUUACGUGAAACAGGCAAUGAAAGGCCAAGAGAGCCUGACUGGAAUCCCAGCCUCACUGUGCUGGCUGCUGAGCAAACAAUGAACAGGUGCAGUCUCACCAAAAACAAGCUCAGUCCACUUCUGGGCCCUGCACAAUCUUAAAAUGGUAUCUGUACACUGAGUUUUUCUUCCAGAUAACCUUUAUUCCCAUGCACAUAUGCAAAGGUAUGGUUGCAAAGAAAAUAAAAAUAGAGGGGAUGUCUGGCUUCUGGUUCCUUGCCAUACUUAGAAAAGUACAUCACUAAAAAGUGUCAAGGAGGGAAUCCAGCUGCUGGAGCCUGGAUAAUUCUGAGCUCAUUCAUCCAUUUACUUUUCCUGAAAUCCAGCAUCAUCUCUGAGUUGAAGAGAAUUAAAAAUGUCAUGCUACUUAAUAGCUGGCAGUAGAUGUAGGUGCUUCUGUGAAAUGCUGUGUCAGUUCUGCUCUCCUGUCCAAACAGGUACAGAAAAUAAUAGAGAAGGUUCUAAAUAAGAAGCCCUACUGUGGAGAUUGAGCUACUUAUCCUGCUCAUUUUAGAAAGAUUUUAGAAAAAGACUUGAAAGAUUUUCAGAAGAGGUGGAACUUGAAGAUGCAGGGCUUACAGUACCUCCAAUUUCAAGAC